AUGAAGAGUGCCGCCACCAUUGCCACCUUCCUUGCGCUGAGCAUUCUGACCGUCACGGAUGGAGCGCAACCUGCACCGAGAACGCCUGCACUUCGUGGUCUACAACAGACUGCCGGUGCGCCAGCAACCGAAGAUGACGAAGACUGGAACCACCACGACCAUCACCACCACCACGUGAAGAAAGUCAAGAAGAUCGCCAUUCCUGUCCCCGUGGAAGUGCCGCAGUACAUCCCUGUCCCGGUCAGUGUUCCGUCCACGGUGGUGGCUAGCUCCAACACUGCGGUGGUUGCACCUGGAGCACCGGGCGCCCCAGGGGCCCCAGGUGCGCCGGGUGCUCCCGGAUCCCCCAAUGCACCGGGUGCUGCACCUGCCACUCCUGCCCCGACUACUACGCGCGGACGCCCCGCAGCAACCCCAGCUGCCACGGUACCCGGCAGGGCGAGAGCCACACCGGCACCAACUAGCUUUGCCGGCGCGACUGCGCCUGCAGCUCAACAGCCCGGCGCAUUGUCAGGCAUCGCAGGUGGCGCCAAUAACGCUCUCGGUGCUGGACUUGGCGGACUUGGCGCGACGGGUGCCAUUGUGGGCGGGUUUCCUGGAGCCACUGGUGCCUUCGGUGGCAACGCGAUGGGCGGCUUCGGCGCUGGCAGUCCUAUGAACGGUCUCGGCGGCGGCUUCGGUGCAGGCAAUCGCAUGGGCGGCGGUCUCGCUGGCGGAUUUGGAGCUGGGAAUCCUAUGGGCGGUCUCGGUGGCGGGAUGCUAGACGGAGCAGGUGGAGCUGGUAUGAAUGUUGGCGGAUUCGAUGGAAAUGCUAUGGGCGGGCAGCAGGUGGGCCUCGGCGGAGCGCAAGGCGGAAACGCGUUUGGCGGGAUCGGCGGCCAAGGUGCGAUGGGGAACUUCGGCCCUAGCGCGUUCGCCGGUGCAGCCGGGGGUCAAGCUGGCGCAGGAUUUGGAGGAGGUGCGCCGAUGGGUGCUGGCAAUGGCUUUGGCGGAGGCUUCAACCGCAAGCGUCGCCGCUAA